UAGCUUUUCCUCAUUAUCUCCCAUGCAUCGACAGCUCAUAAUUUUUUUGUACUAAUCAUCUUAAUUUCCAGAUGCACCUUCCGGUCGCAGCUCUCCCGAAUUGGUUCCCAAUCUCGAGCUGCGCGACAUCGACCAACUGUCGUUUGCAUCUAAAAAGGUAGAACUUUCCUUCAAAUAUCUGAUAGUUGGCCAGGCAUCAUUUAGAUGUGGAAAUGAAAACAGUUAUCUUGGUGAGUAG